UGCUUUUUUUUCUUAAAGAGUAGGUGGCAUGCAGGUAGCGACGGGGAGCGGGAUGGUCCAGUGCCCCGUUUUCUGUUGAUGCUCGCUAUCCUUCAGGCUGACCGAAAGUGAACAUGAAGGACACCGGAGAGUCAAAGGACCACCAGCUAACUGUUGCCUUGAGAAUCCGACCCCUCAGCGAUGCUGAGCAGGAGGAGGGGGCUACAAUUGUGGCCCACAGAGUGGACGACCAGAUGGUGGUUCUGAUGGACCCCAUGGAGGACCCAGACGACAUCCUGCGUGCCAAUCGCUCGAGGGAGAAGACUUACAUGUUUGAUGUAGCAUUUGACUUCUCCGCUAGUCAGGAGGAAGUGUACCGGGCAACAACAAAAGGCUUAAUUGAGGGCCUUAUAUCAGGCUACAAUGCCACUGUGUUUGCCUAUGGACCCACAGGUUGUGGAAAGACGUACACCAUGUUAGGGACUGACAAGGAGCCAGGCAUCUAUGUUCGAACUCUGAAUGACCUGUUCCGUGCCAUUGAGGAGACCAGUGAUGACAUGCUGUACAGUGUGUCCAUGUCCUAUCUGGAAAUCUACAAUGAGAUGAUCCGUGACCUGCUGAAUCCAUCCUCAGGCUUCUUAGACCUAAGAGAAGAUUCUAAGGGAGUUAUUCAGGUUGCUGGAAUCACAGAGGUGUCCACCAUCAAUGCUCAAGAGAUCAUGGAGCUCCUCAUGAAGGGCAACAAACAGCGCACCCAGGAGCCAACAGCCGCCAAUCAGACAUCAUCUCGCUCCCACGCUGUGCUGCAAGUAGCUGUCAAACAGCAGAGCCGCUGUCGUGACGUUCUGCAGGAGGUCCGCUUUGCACGCCUCUUUAUGAUUGACCUCGCUGGCUCCGAACGAGCAGCACAGACUCAAAAUAGAGGUCAGCGUUUGAAGGAAGGGGCCCACAUCAACCGUUCCCUCCUGGCUUUGGGCAACUGCAUUAACGCCCUGAGUGACAAAAAUGGUAACAAGUAUGUCAACUAUCGAGACAGCAAGUUGACUCGUCUCCUGAAGGACUCCUUGGGCGGAAACAGCCGAACGGUCAUGAUAGCCCAUAUUAGCCCUGCCUCUGUAGCUUUUGAGGAGUCUCGUAACACACUGACAUAUGCAGACCGUGCCAAAAGUAUUCGAACACGGGUGAAGAAGAACAUGAUAAAUGUGUCAUACCACAUUGCUCAGUACACCAAUAUCAUCUCAGACCUGCGCUGCGAGAUCGAGAGGCUGAAAAAGAAGAUUGCAGAACAGGCGAGUCGACAGCUCAAUUCUGACCGAGCUGACAUCCGCAAUGUUCAGGCAGAGGUCCAGGCCCACUCCAGCCAGCAGAGUCGAGAGGAGAUGGAUCUGUUGAGGGAGCAGCUUUUGGAUGCCUUCCGCCAACAGAUGCAGAUCAGGAAGAGCCUGAUGGAGCUGGAAAACAACAACAUGGAGAUCCAGAUUGCCACCUCUAACAAUCUUUUAACUAUUACAGACUGGGAACAGGAGCGCAGCAGGCGCAGGAGAAAGUGGCGUGCGGAGAGGAGGAAGGAAAGUGUCAAUAAGGAUGAAAGCGAGAAGGACUCUGAUUCCUCAGAGUCUCCUCCAGACACCACGGAGACUCAGGAGGUGGCAAUAGCUCGAGAAAAUCUGGUUGCACUCAUGGCUGAACAGAAAAAGAUUCACAAGGAGAAGGCGUUGCUUGAGCGUAGGUUUCUGGAGCUUCGGGAUCAGGCCCGGCGCUUGGAGGAGCUGCUGCCGCGGCGGGUUAGCUCAGAGGAGCAACGCGAGGUCCUAGGACUUCUCUGUAAGGUCCACGAGCUGGAGAUUGAGAACGCAGAGAUGCAGUCCCACGCUCUGCUCAAAGACAACGUGAUCCGACAGAAAAACUUUGUGGUGCAGCGUUUUGAACAGCACAGACACCUGUGUGACGAAAUUAUUCAGCAGCAGAGACAGUUCAUUGAUGACCACAGUCUGCCCGUACCUCCACACCUCCAGGAGCUGUAUGAUAUGUACAUGAGGGAACUAGAUGAUAGGAAACUGGAGAAAGCAAUUGGCCUAGAAAAGGUGACAAUCAGGCAGACCAUCAAGGAGGUCUCCCUACCUAAAAUCGCCUUGCCUUCUCACGGUCGUGACAACAUGCAGGACAUAGAUUCAGACCAGGAGAGCAUACGUAACAUGUGCUCAGAUAACAGGCGAGGUCAAGCCAAAAUACGCAGACAUACCCUGCCUCCCAUUCUGCCUGAACCUGAUCUGGACAAUAACAGAGUUUUCAAGAGCAGCCCUCAUGCCAGGCAAAUGAAAAAUUCAGCAGUAAUGACCCCACCUCCCAUCCACAUUAAUGGGAAGGGCAACAGAGAGCUGCAGCCUCUGGCUCCUGAGAGCUUUCUGAGUUACAGCCAUCUCAGCCACAGUGUCAGCAGCCACCUGGACUCAUCACCUGAGAGCAGCGAGGCAGGGGCCGAUAUCCCCCUCUCAAUAAAUGAACGGCAGCAGAUUUUAAAGGGGGUCCAGAACAUUGCAGUAAAAGCAGCACGUCGGCGCUCCAAAGCGCUCGAGGUGGAUGUCUUGCGUUUACCUCCUGCACCAUCUCCCCUGGACCCCAAGAAGCAGAAGAGCAACCUAUCUUUAAGCGAAGCUCCCCCUAGAGGUUUGCCAAUGAGGCGCGUCAGGCAGCCCAGCCCCGAGCUGAGACACGCCACUUCAGACGAUAACCUGUCCAGCAGCACCGGGGAGGGACCUGGUUUGCAUGUGACCUGGACACGCCCACGUAACCGGCAGGUGCUCAACAAGAACCAAACGCCUCGCGAGGCAGACUUUGAAGGCCGUCGCAAAAAGAGACGCUCACGCUCUUUCGAGGUCACAGGUCAAGCGGUACCUCAAACCAAGACGAGCACAGCUCAGAGGUUUCGCCCUCUGGACAGCACAUCAGACCCUCAUCUCCACAUUAAUGUUCAACCCCAGGCCCCUAUGCUACGCCCCCAGUACCGAGGGGUCCCUCCUCUCGCCAAAGUCAGGCCUCCCCACAGCAGCCAGCAAACAGGCUCAAAUGCUGAGUCCUCUACAACCAAUAUGAAUCACCUGAAGCGGGCACCCCAGCUACGGCAGCCCCAGCCCCUCCUCUACAUAACAAACACAGGCGCGGGCGCCCAGCGUAUACGCAGACACUGAGUUUACACUGGCCGCGACUCCCAACACCAGCAUUAACACCAAACCCAGCUGAGCCUGAAGGCCGAACCAUCUUGUUAUCAGAGAUCUGAGAGCAUGCAGCCUCAAUAAA